AAUGUUGCAAGAGAAAUUCUUUCGAAAGUCCCCAUCCUGUUUUAAAACAAACACCCCGCCCAAAACUCAAAAUCAAAAGAUGCAGCAGGAAGUGUGAUGUCACCACAUUUGGCCCCGCGGCAUCAGCAAGUUUUACUAUCGCCAGCAAAAAAGCAAAUAUCUCCCCGCAUCGACAACAACAACAAAUAACAGCAGCAACAUCAGCUAUAUUGCAACGAUCUAAAGAUGUUGCACUUGCAUUUGCUGUUGCUACCGCUGCUGCUGCUCAACACAUGCUUGCAACCACACAUUCUUCAGCCGGCGGAAGCGACAACGUUCCCAGAGCCAAAAGCACACACCGCCGUCCUCGACGAGUUCUCAACUCACACUGUGAUACGACCGCAGGUGGAACAUGGUCGCACUAAGCGCAGCCUGCAAACCACAUUGGAUGCCACUGACGGCCUUCACACGCCUCACAUCAGCCUGAGCUACACCCACGAGGGCAAGCGAAUUACCAUCGACCUGCAGCGAAACGAUCGCCUGCUGCCCGAGUCCCACUUCCUGCGAUACCAAAAUGCCAGCGGAGGAGCCACUCCUGGCCAUGUGGUUCGCAACUUCACCAAGACUGAGGUUGAUUUAUGCCACUAUCAGGGACACAUUCGUGGUCAACCAGACUCUGUGGUAGCCGUCUCCACCUGUGAUGGUGCUCUGGAUGGCAUCGUUUUCGAUGGCAGCCAAACGUACUUCAUUCAUCCCCAUGUCGAUAGCACAGGGAGACUCCAGGAUGAUCAUUAUCUGCUCAGGCAGGCAGACAUGCAUCCAACGAACGCCACCUGUGGCUACGAUAGCCACAGGGACGACCACAGUCACGACCACGAAAGGGCUGGCCAGGAUAAUGAACUUGGAGGGGAGAUUCCUGCACUGCCACUCCGCCUCGAUGGCGGGGAAUUCCAGAGAACCCUGCUCCGGAAGAGGCGUCAAGCGGACGAUAGCAGUCAAUUGAUCCGGGGCCCCUAUAAUGCCAACAAAUACUCCAGCUACGUGGAGCUGGUCAUCGUCGUGGACAACAAGGUGUACAAGAGUUACCAGGAGAGUGCCAAGAAGGUGCACCAGCACUGCAAGAACCUGGCCAACAUUAUCAAUGCUCUCUAUGUGCCCCUGAAUAUAUUUGUGGCUCUGGUGGGCGUCGUGAUCUGGAAUGAGGCCAACGAGAUCGAGUUCUCGAACGACGGCGAUGUGACGCUGCGAAACUUUCUGAACUACCGCAGCAACAAGCUGGUGCUGGAGCACCCCAACGACAAUGCCCAGUUGCUGACCAAGGAGACCUUCGCCGGCGGCGUUGUGGGCAAGGCGCUGAAGGGUCCCAUCUGCACGUACGAGUACUCCGGCGGAGUGAGCAUGCAGCACAGCCCCAACACGGCGAUGGUGGCCACCACAAUGGCCCACGAGAUGGGCCACAACUUUGGCAUGGAGCACGAUACGCCGGACUGUCAUUGUCGCGAUGAGAAGUGCGUGAUGGCUGCCUCGAGUACCUCCUUUAUUCCGGUCAACUGGAGCAGCUGCAGCAUCGAUCAGCUGACGAUAGCCUUCUCGCGCGGCAUGAACUACUGCCUGAGGAACAAGCCGGAAAGGCUCUUCGAAUCGCCCACCUGUGGCAAUGGUUUCGUGGAACCGGGGGAGCAGUGCGAUUGCGGACUGCCGGAGCAUUGUGAGAAUGCCUGUUGCAAUGCCCAGACCUGCAUGCUGCACGCAAAUGCCUCCUGUGCCACCGGCGAAUGCUGCGAUCUGACCACUUGUCGUCCCAAAAUGGCGGGCAGUGCCUGCCGGGAGGCUGAGAAUGAGUGCGACCUGCCGGAGUACUGCACCGGGGAGUCCGAAUACUGUCCCGCCGACGUCUUCCGCCGCGACACGGAGCCCUGUGACGACGGCCAGGCCUACUGUUUCCACGGCACCUGCCGCUCGCACUCGAAUCAGUGCCGAAUUCUGUGGGGACCCACGGGCGACAACUCGGAGCACUGCUACAGCAAGAAUGUGGAGGGCUCGAGGUAUGGAAACUGCGGCUACAAUCGCCUCAACAAGACCUUUUUGCCCUGCGAGGAGCAGCAUGUGAAGUGCGGAAUGCUGUACUGCAUCCACCUAAACGAACGACUCGAGUUUGGAAUGGAAUCGGCAGCUGUUUUGUCCCAUUCCUACGUCAGUCACCAGCGCAAAAUUGUGGCCUGUCGCACCGCCCUGGUGGAUCUGGGAUUGCAGAACACCGAUCCCGGCCUAACGCCCAAUGGUGCGAAAUGCGGGAAUGACAUGAUGUGCGUGGAUCAGCGAUGCCUGCCAGUGGCUGCGGUUCGGCAGAAGGGCAUGGGUGCUCCCUGUCCGGACGACUGUAAUGGCAAUGGCAUCUGCAAUAGCCGAGGUCACUGCCACUGCGAUGUCGGCUUUGGCGGCGAGUCGUGCUCGAAGGCGGGCUCUGGAGGAUCCCCGGACAGUGGACCGGCCACGGAUCCAAAUGGUUCUGUGGGCCUCAAGCGUUUCCUGUACGUCCUGUUCUUCUUGGUGCUGCCCGUGGUGGUCGGCUUUUGGAUACUCUUCCAGUGCUAUAAGAACGGAUUGUUUACCCGCGGCAAACUGGCGGACAAUAUCUUGAAAUCCUCUGGAGGAAGCAAACCCAUCACCACGCGAACAAACCAGAAUGGCAGUGGUCCACCGCCUGGCAAUGGACUACUGAAAUCCACUCCCAGCAGUACGGAUGAUAUGGAUUCGGCGCUCCUGAAAUCCCCGAGCGACUCCACACCCACCACUGGUUUGUUUGGCAAAUUCGAUGGCUUCACUCUGCGACCGCUGAACGAUGCCUCCUCGCCGGCGAGCAACUACAGUGGGCCGAAUGUGGCCUUUGUGCAGCCCACUGUGCAGCAGGAUGGACCGCAGAGGAUGGCUCCGCCACCGCCGGUUGCAACGCCGGGAAGUUCACCGGUUCAUCCCGCCGCUGCGAAACCUGAAGCCACUUAUGUGAGACCAGCACCAGCUUUGCCUCCGCCCAAUCCUGGAUCCACGGCUCGUCCGAUCAUCUCACCACCCAAGUUGGAUUCCAGCACGUUAACCAUGGUGCCGCUCAAGGGCAGCACGGAGGAUCUCUCGCCCACUCGAUCCGCUCCAGCACCUCCAGUUCCACUGCACUCUGAUCCUAAGCUUAAUAUCAAACGAGAUGGUACCAUACGUCGAUUUGCUUCGUUCCUGAAGAAGGAGGAGAAACCGCCGCUCAAAGAGAAGACCUACAUUGAUCGGGAGCGGUUGCGAACUCUGGAAAUUUCCGCUCCCAUGCCUGUGCCCGCUGCACAGGAGUCCUCCAAUUCGGAUUCGGAGACCACGCCGCGCGAGGAGGAGACCCAGAAUCUGGUGAAGCGCGCCCAAUCCAUGCGGUCGCCAACGAAGAAGACACCGCUACAGAGUUUCGGAUCCAUGCGAUCACCGCCGGGACUGCCGCGCCCCAAAAGCGGUCAAGUGAACAGCAGCGGCAGCUCGAGGCCCAAGUCGCCUCCCCCAAGGCCUCCACCGGUGGUGGUCAAGAAAACCAACUCCAUUGGCUCCUCGGGCUACCAGAGGCCAGUGGCCACGGCCCAGCGAUCGGUGGAGAAUACCUACGACGACUGCGAGUUCGUGGAGAACGAAGUGCGAGCCUCGAACGAUGACAUAUACUCCGUGAUCGAUGAGAUUCCACCGGCGGCACAGACACUCAAGCGGAGCGAUUUGGUGGCCAACAGGGCCAGCAAUGGCAGCGACAUGGGAUUGCUGAAUGAAAUUGUCAACGAGCUGGAGAAGAUUAACGGAGACUCGAUAUAUUCGGGCAAGCCCGUAGGCGUAGCCGCAGCAGUUCCUUCUGUAAAUCCACCCAAAAGUCCACAGCGACCUGCGCCACCCAAGCCAGCGAGCAGUGUGCUGGAGGAAAAGGCAUCUGCAUCGGCAUCUGCUAGCACAUAUCAUCGCCCGCCGCCAGUUAAUGCGCCCGUGGCACGGGUGAAGCCCACGGUUUCGGACAAAUCUCCGGCGCAGCCCAGCAUGUCCAGCUUCAAGCCGCCGGCGGGAACCGGCGGUCAGACGCAGCCAGCGCCAGUUGUCCAACUGGCCAAGCGGAGCAGCAGCGGCAGCAUCACCGGAGCAUCGGCCUCCAAUCGUCCCAAAUCCUUCAUGAAGAGCACAACAACGAAAGCACUGCCUAAUGGGACGGCGGGAGCGGCGUCGGCCACCAUCCAGAAACCCAAGCCGCUCUCGGCAAAGCCAUCAUUCAGCGGCGGCGGCGGUGCUGGCGGUGUCCUGGGAAAGCGGGUCAAUGGCGGAGCAGCGCCCACGCCACCUACUGUGCAGGCUGCGGCGCCAAAGUCCAACAUUGCAUCGCUGACACAGCGAUUCGAGCAGAGCAAGUAAACUAAGAGAAACUACAAUUAGGAGCUAGACCUUGGGCAUAGCGAGAAAAAAUAUUUAUUGGAUAAAGAAUUUGAAAUUUAAGAACUGAGAAUUACCCCUACCAAUGUUGAAUGAU